UACAUUAUUUUUAAAACAACAGAGAAAAUCAGAGAAAAUCCCAGCCCCUUUCUUUUCUUCUUCGCCUCAAAUCGAACAUAGAAAAUCCCAGCCCCUUUCUUCCCAGUUCUAAGUUCUAACCUUAGACCUCACUCUUCUCAGUCUUAUGUUCAUCUUUCAGGGUCUCGGUUAAAACCCUUUACUUGGUUCGUGGACACUCUAAUUCCGGCCCUCCUUCACCAAAAUCUGAUGGAGAAGACAUUGUUCCAAUCUUAGUAAGUGAGCUCGAGUCUGCUUAUUGCAACCAGUGGAGGGCUAAACCAACAAAGAACGAGGAUGAAGCAUUAGAAGUACUAGGUGCAACCAUGUCUUUCUACCUACGUUCUUGGAGGGGACAAUCAAGCUUUCAAUCCCGUCUUCAUUCACUUUGGUUGAAGUCGAGCAGAAAUGUCGAAUCUGUUUCAUUGUCGUUCUAUAGAAGCAGAUUUUUCACUGCUGCUGAAAAAGCUGAACCAGAGGCUGCUUCUUCAUCAUCAUCUUUCACAUUUUCUUCUGGCGAAGCAGCAGAAGAUGAUAAAUUCAAGAAAGAUGAUGACAUCCAUAUCAAGGUGAAAAAGAUGAGUUCAAGAGACUCAACAUCGGUUACUAUGCCGAUGUCUUUCAUGACAGGGUCUGUUGUAGGAAAGCGAUUCUACACAGAGGUCACUACCAGGUUGGCUGAUGAUAGUAAUGGAUGGAGCGUCAUGCUUGACUUCAGAACCCUUAAGACUCCUUCCAAGAGAACCCUUAAGCUUCCUACUCUUUUCCUCGCCAAGGCCAUUGCAGCAGAGUGGGAGUACCAACAAGACGAUGGGAUCAGACCCUUUACAAUGCCUCUCAUGGAACUUGCUUGUACUGCAUUAGAGAGAGUUCCGCUAACUAGAACGAAAAUAAUAGAAAACCUAAUGAAGAGGUUCAAUCAAGAUCUAGUCUUCUGCCGUUAUCCGGGUGACAAUGAUGUGUCCAUCAAAAUCCUUGAACGACAAGUUGAGAAGAUUGAUCCACUGCUUGAAUGGGUAGAGUCUGAGUUUGGUUUUAAGCCUGUUGUGUACUCGAGUUUUUUUGGUGGCAAGCAGGAGGAUGGUCUUGCUAACGCUGUUCAAAGUUUUUUAAAGAAAAUGGAUGACUGUGAGUUGGCAGCUAUAGAUGCAAUGGCUGCAUCCUCCCACUCACUAAUCGUAUCUAUUGGAACCUUUUGUGGGCGGUUGCAGAUUGAGGAGGCUAUUGAGUUGAUUAGACUUGAAGAAGAUGUGCAGGUUGACCGGUGGGGUCUAGUUGAGGGUGGGCAUGAUGUUGAUAUUGCGGGUCUAAAAGCACAGUUCUCAUCCGCUGUUGUUUUCCUAGGAUUGUCUCGAAGGUUUUAGAUGUCUAAUUCAGACUUGCAAUCUUUCGAAGUUUAAGAAUUAUAACUGUACUAUUUAUUGUCCUUCAAAGGUAAAUGUGUGUUUCUUUUAAUAUGUGAUGAAUAUUGAUUAUGUGUAAGAUUAGUCCUGUGUUUAAUCUGAUUUUGUUUUAUUUUUGGUCGAUGAAGAAAAUUUUGCUUAAUCUGAUAUCAGGAAUGGAAAAAGUCGGUCUUCUCUUAA